GAAGGAGGGGGCCCGGCGGGCGGCGGGGGGAGGCCGGCUCCGCUGCGUGCUGAGGGGGAGGGAGGGGCCGGCGCGGCGGCGCGGCGCUGCCGACGGUCUCCAGGAGGGAGUGAGGAGGAGGAGGAGGAAAGUUCCUCUGACCUGUUCUGCAGUGGAUGGGAAGAGGCAAGCAGGUGGCCUUCCUCUCUGCUCUACCUGUAACCUGCCUGAAAGAACUUCAGUGAGCAGGAAACAGCAGACAAAACAGAUACGCUCUGUCAGCGUCCAACUGUGCAAAUGCGUUCCUCAGAAAUGCAAAGAUGUGCCAUAGUAAGCUGAAGGAUAUGCUCUGCAGAAGAAACAUCCUAGAGGCUUACAUAGAAGAAGGGAUUUACCAUGGACCAAGGCUGCCUUGACAGCGUUUGCCGGUGUAAUGUCAGGAUAGAUUUUGUGCUAGCACUUGGUGUCCUUGGGAACUUUCCUGUCUUCCGUGGGCUUUUGAAGAUAAUUGCAGGUUUGACUGUUGGCAGAAAUCAUCCAGAUUCAGUACUUUGCUUCAUAUGUUUUGUGAUAUGCCAGAGAAAAACUCUUUAUCAUCAAAAAGAAUAAGAAGUCUUGGCGUUUCAUUGCUUGUGCUUUAAGUACCAUUCAGAGUGGAUCCUUGGCGAGCCUGGCCGUUUGGAGGGGUGCUGCGAAUCCAAACAGGUCUGAAACACUAGGAACAUGACUAUUCUUCUCAUUGAAGCUUUUUAUGGUGGUUCACACAAACAGCUGGUGGAUCUUCUUAAGGAGGAGAUGGAAGAAUGUGUCCUCUGCACCCUCCCUGCCAAGAAGUGGCCAUGGAAAGCACGGACUGCUGCUCUCUCUUUCAUGCAAACGGUACCACCUAACGCUAACUACAGGGUCCUCUUCGCCAGCUCCGUGCUGAACCUGGCUGAACUCGUGGCCCUGCGGCCUGACCUUGGCAAAUUGAAAAAGGUCCUCUACUUCCACGAGAACCAGUUGGCGUAUCCUGUCCAGAAAAGCCAGGAAAGGGAUUUUCAGUACGGAUACAACCAGAUUCUUUCCUGUUUGGUUGCUGAUGUCAUUGUGUUCAACUCUGCUUUUAAUAUGGAAUCAUUUCUUACAUCUAUUGGAAAAUUUAUGAAGCUGAUUCCUGACCACAGACCUAAGGAUUUGGAAAAAAUAAUCAGACCAAAGUGCCAAGUUCUUUAUUUUCCAGUCAAAUUUCCUGAUGUGAGCAGGUUCAUGCCAGAACAUAAGCUGGCCCAUUUGGAAAAGAUAACUGGUGUUAAAAGAAGGGGAGAUGCUUAUCAGCGCGAGGGUCUGCCCGCCCAGCAGCGGAGCGGCGUGCCGGCAGGUUUAAUGAAAAGCAGCAGCGUGCGUCUCGAGUCUGGACUUUGUGAAGGCCAGCCUGGACUCCCUGCCACCCCACCGGAGAGGCCUCCUUCCCCAUUAGCAACGCCGGAGAAAUCCAGCGAGGCUGGAGCAUCCGCAAGUACAAAUCCUUGUCAAGGGGGAGAUAAGCAACAUCUGACUUUUAACCCCUGUAAUAUCUUGAGUGGAGCAGACUAUCAGCAGAGACCUUUACAUGUUGUCUGGCCUCACAGGUGGGAACAUGAUAAAGAUCCUGAAACUUUCUUUAAAGUGCUGCUGCAGCUUAAAGAGAAAGAGCUACCUUUUCAUGUCUCUGUCCUGGGAGAGUCUUUCAGUGAAAUUCCAGUUGUAUUUUCAGAGGCCAAAAAAGCGUUGGGAUCUUCCGUCUUGCACUGGGGCUACUUACCCAGCAGAGAGGACUAUUUCCGAGCCCUGUGCAUGGCUGACGUUGUCAUCUCGACAGCGAAGCACGAAUUCUUUGGCGUGGCGAUGGUGGAAGCUGUGUAUUGCGGCUGUUAUCCGCUGUGUCCCAAAGCCUUGGUGUACCCAGAGAUAUUUCCAGCUGAAUAUCUGUAUUCUACACCUGAACAGCUUUUUAAAAGGCUUCAGAAUUUCUGCAAGAGACCAGAUAUUGUAAGGAAACAUCUCUAUAAGGGCGCGACGGCCGGCUUCUCCUGGGCAGCGCUGCGCGGUGAAUUCAGGUCUCUGCUCGCCGCGGAAGCGAGGGAAGAUUCGCGACAGAUGGGGCUAAGUCACAAACUUGCAGCCUAAGGCAGAAUCGCAGAACUUUCCAGAGUGUGCCCAUAUUUACCUGAUCAGAGAGCACAGAAAAUCUGCAGAGGAAGCCGAGCCUGGCUGCUUGUCAUAGCUGACACAGAGCCAUCUGCCACAAACCUGUGGCGGCUUCAGAUCUCCAAUCCCUGCCACCACCCCGGCUCAAAUUAAAUACAGAUUCGUGGAGACGUUGUGAUGGUUACACAUGUCCUCGGCAUCACAUGCAGGAGCCUGUUCAAAAAAAAAAAAAAAAAGAAAAAAAGAAAAAGGGGGGGAAAAAAAAACAUGCGGCCUGUUGUAUAACCGCGCUCAUGUAUCCCAUAUGUGGUGCCACAUUGAAUUUCCGGCGGAGUCUGUUUUCCUCCUUUGUACUGGAGGACGCGGUGCCGGCGCGCUCGCCCUCCCCGCCCGCCGCCUCUCCACCUGGGCUGCCAGGUUGGCGCGGGAGCCCGCCCGCCCGCGUCCUCCCCCCGGCCCCGGCCCCGGCCUCCUCUCCUGUUCUGCAAAUGAACGGCUCGCUGGCACCGGGGGUUUUUAAGUGAAGGUAUUAAUAAGGGGUCUGGCAGGUAAUCCCAUGAUUCACCGAGUUACAUUUGCAUUUAAUUAAUCUUAAAGAAAGCUGAAAGAUAAACAGCUGUAAUUCAAACUAGCAUGGGAAAUAUGCUACAUGGUGCCAUCUAUCCGAUAAAAUGAAAGCUGAGACACUUGUUUUAUUUCUCUCAAGGAUGGAGAACAAACAGAUAACGGUCAAAAUACUUCCAAUAAAAACCAGUAGCUGCAGUUCAUCAAGGAUCUUUGCAUCCAGUUACAAAUACAGCCUUUUAAAGAUAAAUCACUUAUGAUUCCAGCAGUCAAGCUGCUAUAUUUGUUGAUGUAAAAUGUUUUGAAGAUGUAGAUUGUACAAUAAAUUUUUAAUAAAGUGCCCACUGCAAUUUUUAA